CUGGCAUGGGUGCUCCUCCUCCUCCACCUUUACCUGGCAUGGGUGCUCCUCCUCCUCCACCUUUACCUGGCAUGGGUGCUCCCCCACCUCCGCCUUUACCUGGCAUGGGAAUGCCACCACCCCCCUCCACCCUUCCCAGGGAUGGUACCUGGAGGCCCUCCACUACCACCUCCACUCCCUGGCAUGCCCUGCCCACCUUGCCCACCUCCUAUGGGAGGAGAUGUAAUAGUAGCCCACAAUGUUCAGGUUCUUGGUAGAGCUUACAGCAUGCCAGUGAACACUAGUCGAUAUCCCACACUUAGGAUGAAGAAGCUCAACUGGCAGAAGCUAAACUCCAGAGCAGUCACUGAUGGUUGCAAUAUAUGGGCCUCGGAACAAACCGAUUCCCCUCUGGAACCUGACUACACCAGCAUCGAGCAACUCUUCAGUCUCCCAGUGACUGAGCCCAAAGAGAAAGGCCCGGCUGCUCCUGCCAAAAAAGAACCCAAAGAAAUUUCCUUUAUUGAUCCCAAGAAGAACCUGAAUCUGAAUAUAUUUCUCAAACAAUUCAAAUGCUCUAAUGAGGAGUUUGUGGACAUGAUUCAGAAAGGGGAUCGUUCCAAGUUUGAUGUCGAGGUGUUAAAACAGCUGCUGAAGCUCCUGCCAGAGAAACACGAGAUUGACAACCUGAACUCUUUCCAAGGAGAACGAGACAAGCUUGCCAAUGUCGACAAGUUUUACCUAUCACUCCUCGCUGUUCCCUGCUAUCAGCUGAGGAUUGACUGCAUGUUGUUGUGUGAGGAGACUGUAUCUGUGCUGGAGAUUCUGAAACCCAAAGCACAGCUGGUGAAGGAGGCUUGUAAGAGUCUCAGAGCUAGCACACUUCUGCCCAGUUUCUGCAGGUUAAUCCUUCGAGUAGGAAACUUCCUCAACUAUGGAAGUCAUACAGGAAACGCUGAAGGAUUCAAGAUUAGCUCCUUGCUGAAGCUGACGGAAACCAAAGCCAACAAGGGCCGUAUCACUCUGUUACACCACAUCCUCGAGGAAGCAGAGUUGAACCACCCUGAGCUUCUGAACCUUCCUGACGACAUUGAAAGCUGUGAAAAAGCAGCAGGAAUAAACCUAGAUUGCAUUCAGAGUGAGGCAAAUGCACUGUCCAAGCGUUUAAGGGACACAGAGAAAAAGGUCUCUUCAUCAGUUCAAGAUGUAAAAGAUCAAUUUUUAGGUAUUAUCAAGGAGAACCUUCAGGCAUGUAAAGAUUUGGAGGACUGCUUUGCUGACAUUGAGAAGAAGAAAGAAGAUCUGGCUCAGUACCUGUGUGAGGAUGCUGCUCAGCUGUCACUAGAGGAACUCUUUAGCAACAUCAAGACCUUCCGAGGGCUUUUCCUCAAAGCAUUAAAGGAGAACAAGAUCCGUAAGGAGCAAGCUGCCAAAGCGGAGAAGAGGAAGAAGCAGCUGGCAGAGGAGGAGUCCAAGCGACAGAAAGGAGAGAAUGGCAAGAUCAUUAGAAGAGGUGGUGUGCCUCAGGAGGAUGGCUGCAUCAUUGACAACCUGCUGGCUGACAUCAGAAAAGGUUUCCAGCUUAGAAAGACCAGGCCAAGGUGCGAAACGGAAAGUGCCCCCUCUAGUGAAAUGCAUAGGGACACCGCACCAAGUGUCAAAUGUGCAGAAAAAGAAGUCACAUCAGGUGUAGCUCAGGACCUCCCUCCUCGGCCAGAGGAGACAAGCGUCGAAGAUCCAGUCAGCGCUUCCUCCACCGGCCCCAGAGGAGAAGCAGCAGUCACAGCAACUGGUAAUGAUGCUCCGCUCACACAUCAAGAGACCCAACCAGGCCUCUCCACUGAAAACACCCUGUCUAACCAUACAGCUACACCGCUCAAGCCUUCAGCAGAGUCUCAGGAUCGCUUAAAAGAUAAUGUAGAAACACAAACUCUUCCAACUGAAGUCCUUAGUGAGAAAAACUCUUCCACAGAGACUCCACUAACAGAAAAGACCUCUGUGGACACACCAUUCUCUACAGUGCCUACAUCUAUUGUGAAUAUAUCUGCAGCAAAAGAUGGCACACAACAAAACUGUAACUCUAAUAAUAGCCAAGUCAAAGAUGACCAAGCUUCUAUUGAUACCACACCCAAAAAUGUGACAAACGUCAAUUCUGGUGCUCAUACUGACUCGAAUGUGAAAGUACACGGUACGGUCACCAAUGAAAUAGUUCCAGAAAGCCAAGAACAGAAUGCAAAGAGACACUCAAGCAAAACUCAAGUAGACUCUAGCAGCACCACUGAGUCAUCUCUUACCAGUAACAGUAAUACUGAGGUGCCGCGUGAGCCUGAUGUACCUGACGGAGCGUGUGCUGUGGAUGGAACUGCUCCCCCGAAUCCUCCCACCUCUCAGCCGAAAUCACGCAAGCUCAUCCGAGGAAAGAAAAAAAGCAAUAAAGAAGCUGAGGGUAACAGCGAAGGAGACAGUAAGCAUAAAACGACCUGUGUGUUGCAGUAAGGGAGACCCAGGAAAGGGAAACCACAAGGGAAGAGAUGAAGCUUUAACUGAAUAGGUGUAUUCAUGAACAACUUUUAAAGCACCCUUUAACUGCUUUCACACACAACACUCAGAAACCAAGGGCUGAGCACACAGAGCAGAAUCAAAAGUUUUGUGUGUGCCGAUGGACCACGUGCUGAUAUUUAAGGAAGAAAAAGCAUUAUUUUUGUAAAAGCUUACUUGUGCCCUUUAGAGUUGACUGUGGCCAAAUAUUUCAGUAGUUCGUGCACUAUAUUAUGAUGAGCUAAAUCUUUGUUUACAUAUAGAGAUAUAUCUAGGAGCAAUGGACAAAAAAGAAAUCAAAAUAAUUUGUAUAUAUUGGAAUUAUGUGAGUUUACCAGUAAUAGUUUAAGAUGGCCCAGUGUUCCAGAUUUGAAUCAGAAUUACAUUGUAAGAUUUUAGGUUAACAGAAUUUCAUAUUUUAAACAAAUUGCAAGUUAAAUAACACAUUCAAUAUGUAAUAAUCAGAGUGAAUGUAUAGUAUCUGUUUAAAGGAAAAGAAAGUAUUCUAUGAUGUGGUUUGUUAUAGCAAUAUAAGAGCCCAAUAAGGUUGGCAGUGUUACUUUAAAUCCCGUUUAAUCUUGUUCAAACCUGUCUGGAAAACUGUCUGGAAAUCCCAUAUUAUAUUUGCCUGUCUAAGUAAUAAUGUAAAUGUUAUAUUCAUGACUGACUGCUUAGAGUAAGUGUAUGAUGUGACCUAAGAAAAAAAAUUUAGUUGAUAUCUACCUGUUGCGAAGUGGUUAGUGAAAUAAAUACAGCAGUUGAUGUAUGCUAUGAUUGGUGUAAUUUACAUAAAAUGUUCUGGAUGGACUCUUAAUUCAACCAACUAACAGUCUCUGUUACCAACUAAGAACACUGUGUUGGUUUUUUUUUUUUUUUGGAUUAAAGCCAAAAGACAAUGGAUCAACAUUUAACAAUGUGCUUUUAAUGGAUUUUUAAUUUUAGGCUAUUCUCUGAGGUGUCUUUCAUAUUACUAUACUUUCAAUAAAUACAAUUUAUUGACAAACUCA